AUGACAGUCAUAUCAUCAGAAAAAGCUUUAAACAGUUCAGAGAAGAGAAAGCUCCCCUCAGAUCUGAGCCAUGCUUCUUGCAUUCAUCUGUUUUCUGCUCUUUGCAGAAUAAUUUCCAGCUCAUUGUGUUUCCUCCCUCACUCUUUUGUGUUCCCCUGUAUAUCUUCCCUGCUUCCCUGUGCCACCUUCUCCCCGCCCCUCAGCCUGACUCCUGCUCCAACUAUUCACACCUGCAGUAAGUUACCUCAUGGUAACUAUGACCAUUGUUUCCACUUUCCAGUACUUUGGUUCCUCUAUUUCAGUCACAACUUGCCAGUUCAUCACUUCCCUGAUAUUCUAAUCACCUUUCCUUUCCUUGUUCCUGCUUCAUGGUUCCCUCAUGUCUCCAUAUUGGAUUUAUGUUUACUCCUUAGACUUUGUUUUUCCUGUGGAUUAACGUCCAGUUUGGAAAUACAAGAUGACCUUCACCACUCUAAUCAGAGUUACACAGAACUAUCAGAUGGGAAUACCACAAGUUAUAAUAGAUCGGAUAAUAAUAAUCAGACAUCCAAUGAGAGACCUGAUGAAACUGAAACUACGUGUACAUACUGGGACGUUGUAGAGUACCUAAACCUGACCGAGAACAAGGACAAGUUUACCAUGAUCAGACCUACCAGUGACUAUAAAUCUGAAACUCUAGUUUACAUUGAAAUGAGGAUGUAUGCCAUUCUAGAUGUGCGAGAAGCCGACCAGUCCUUCAUAUCAUAUAUUUGGAUUUAUAUGGAGUGGGAAAAUGACUUUCUCUCGUGGGAUGAAGAGGACUUUUGUGGAAUUUCCGAAGUAGUGAUUCCACGUGAAUCUUUGUGGAUGCCUGAUGUUAUAAUUGAAGAAAUGACUGAAAAGGAUAAAAACCUGCCAAGCCCCUUUGUCACACUUAGUGAGAGUGGCUGGGUGGUAUACAGGGAUGAUGAGUUUGUGAUCAGUACCUGCAAGAUGAAAAUUUUUAAUUUCCCCUUUGACAUUCAGAGCUGCAGCAUUACCUUUAGGUCUCUCUCCUACUCUGAAAAAGACCUAACCUUUGUCAUGAAAAAUAACGAUGCAUUAAUCACGAAGGACUCUCAAAAGAAUAUCCGGAUGCAGUACGAAUGGGAGUUUCUCAGUAUGUCAGGCACUAGAAAACCUGUCCAGAACUUUUACACCAACCAAACUGUUGUUGUCUACACUAUAACCAUGAAGAGGAAGUCAGCACUUUAUGUCGUCAACUUCCUGCUGCCUGUCCUCUUCUUCUUGUGUCUGGACUUUGCCUCCCUCCUGAUGUCAGCUGGCAGUGCAGAUAAGAUUAGUUUCAAGAUCACCGUGCUACUUGCUGUUACGGUGAUGCAGCUGAUUCUCAUUGAAAUUCUACCUUUUACCUCAAGCAAGAUUCCACUUAUAGUGAUUUACUGCAUUGGGAUUUUUGCUCUGAUGCUGCUCGGCCUCUUGGAGACCAUUUUCUUGAAUUAUCUGAUGGGAAAAGACUCUUCAUCCCUGGAAAGCAAGAAAGAGAGUGACAAGCUUCAAAUAAUAAAAGCUUCCUCCACUGCCUCCACCUGUGAUGAGUUGACCGAUCAAACAGCAUCUACGUGCAAAGGGGGCAGCAGCAGCCAGUUAUUCCUGGCCAUGGAGAAAGUCUCAGAUGAGCUUGGAGAGAUGAAAAAAACUUUUCUUGACAAAGAGUCUGAAGAGAAUAAGGAUGGUUACUGGACCAGAGUCGCCAAGAAAAUAGACAAGAUUUUUUCCAUUCUCUAUGUCUUGGCAGCCAUUUUGUUUUUAUCUGUCGUCUUCUCAGUGUGGCUCUCAAAAUCAGAUUCAUUGGAAUGAUCCAGAUAUUAAUCUUGAGAUCUGAGAAAACACUGAUCACGUAGCUGCACUUUGACUAACAAAGUAAUUGAAACUCAAUAAUUACAAUUAGUGACGUAAAAACACCAUCAAGGUAUUGUGCCAAAAAGAAAAAUGGUGAAACGUCAGAUUGUCACUCUUCUUCCUCCCACAUAUAUUGAUUGGUGAAUUAAAUUAAUUACUUGGAUUCAGCAUUUAUGCAAUGAGAACAAAAAUCCUUGUCGUAUUAUUAUAGAAUUGCAAUGAUGGUUCCCCAUUUUGAAUAUUUCAUGUUUUAGAAUGUAGAGAAAAUUUACUGGUAAACUUUGCAAUUUGUGAAUGCAUGAGGGCAGAAACAAAAAAGCAAAUGUGUGGAACUAAAUAAAGCUCCUCUAUCUCCUCCUGCUGCCACUUGCAAAAAUACACCGCUCUUCAUCAGAAACAAUCAUGAGGAGUCUUGGACCAUGUUCACACUGCAACCUGAAGUGACCCAAAUGAAACUUUUUUUCUGCCAAAUUGUCACAGUCACGACAGACUCCGCCGUGGGGGGAGGGCCUUAGUGCAGAAGACAGCAAAGGAGAGGGACAUGUAAGGUGUGCUGCUUCACACUUUUUAGUCCAAGUUGAGCAUUUUCUCAGAACUAAGCAUCAACAUUUAUUAUGUUUUCCUUACAAUCCAGAAGAUGCCUCUUAAAAUUUGUGAUUGUAAUGGAUGGCUAAAUGUUUAAAGUCUAAUUACUACUAUUGUUGUUGCAUGUUGUUAAAGUCAUACGUAAAAUAUACACUGACAGACACUGAAAUAUGUUUGCAUGAAUUAUAACACUCAGUAUAACCAUGUUUAUUUAGAUAAUAAAAUAAGGUUCACUUGAA